AUGUUCCGCCAACUCGCCCUCCGCGUCCCCGCCGGCGCCCGCGCGCUGAGCACCACCGCGUCGCGCUCCAACCUGGCCCGCAUGCAGAUCAUGGGCCGCCUCGUCGCGGACCCGGAGAUCAAGACCAGCGUCAACGGCAAGGAGUUCACCUCCUAUGUCGUUGCGACGACCGACUACCUGGGCAGCCGCGAAGACCGUGCGUCCUCAGCGCAGACUUCCACCUACCACCGAAUCUACGCUUUUGGUGACAAGACAGACAAGGUCAAGACGUUGACAAAAGGUACCCGGGUUUUCGUCGAGGCUGACUUUCGCAUCGAGCGCCAGCCUGGCGAGGACGGCCAGCCGCCAAGGGACAGACUCCUCGUGAGCCAACGCAGCGUGAACGUCAUCAGCAGACCGAAGCCAGUGGAUGCUUAGAGUGUGCCGAUGCGGAAUGUCAAUUCAUUGUCACCGCUCCGCAUAAUGCCCAUGAUUCAGGACGAACAAUGCGAUGCUCGAAAGACAUCACUGAUAGGUACGCUACAUUGCUCGAGCCUUUCGGGGUUGCUUGCAUCGACUGCAGACUGCACGCUCUUUCACCUUUCUUUGUGAGGCGCUUCUCCGACCCAUUGAAUUCUGCCUAGGCCAGACGCAGAUACGCUCGCGAGGAGGUAGCCCCGAUUGAUGUGCCUGCUCCAUGCGACGUCCGUGAUGGCAACUUCCGGCGGCCAGUCGAACGAUGUGCCUGGAAUCCUGUGUGGAUUCUGUUUUGUGUUUGUAUUCGCGGUUGAGUGCGACAGAGGCAGUCAAUGCGUGGGCUCCAGCGUAGCAUAGUCUCUUC